AUGGCUGUGUGCUUCACAGUGAUUAACCCCGGAGGAUCUCACAAACUGACCUGCACAACUGCUGGGUUCACAUUCAGCAGCCACUGGAUGGGCUGGGUCAGACAGGCUCCUGGGAAAGGCCUGGAAUGGUUGUCAACUAUCACAAAUGGUGGCUCUACAUAUUAUUCAAGCUCUGCACAGGGACGAUUCAGCAUCUCCAGAGACGACAACAAGAAUCAACUCUAUCUGCAGAUGGGCAGUCUGAAGACUGAGGACACAGCUGUUUAUUACUGUGCUCGAGAGUCACAGUGCCAUCCCAAACGGGGAGAGUUCACGCCCAAAUCAAGAGUGUGGAUAUAUAGCCCAUGGGGCACCGGCACUGCAUACGAGAAAGACAACAACUGUGACAACAUGAACAUGUUAACUGUGUUUGUCCUAAUAGCAAUAUCUGUUGCAGAUUCCAGGGGUCAGACUCUGACUGAAUCUGAGCCUGUAGUUCUUAAACCCGGAGACUCCCACAAACUGACCUGCACGUACUCUGGCUUUAGCAGUGAUCCUUGGAUAGCGUGGAUCAGACAAGGUCCAGGAAAAGGGCUGGAGUGGCUGGCUCUAAUUCACCCCACAUCAAGAAGUUCUACAUACUACGCUCAGUCCAUUCAGGGAAGGUUCACAAUUUCCAGAGACAACAGCAAGAAACAGAGUUACCUACAGAUGAACAGCCUGAAAACCGAAGACUCUGCUGUGUACUACUGUGCUCGAGAGCCACAGUGAGAGAUAAAGCUUAAGUGCAGCACAAAAACACAUGCCAUUUUUCUGGAUCAGGGGACAAAGUGUAACUGCAGUUCAGAUAGGACCAAAAUACCUUUCCUUGUAAAAAAAAAAAAAAAACUCAAUGAUAAAUGUUCACAUAACAUGAAGUACCAAAUAUCGCAAAUACAAAGUCAUUAUUUGUUCACCUUAGUAUUUAUUUUUUCAUAAAUGAUUUAUUUAUUUACCCACCAAUCUUUUGUCUACUGUGACGAUACACAAGUGCCUUUCAUUG